UAUUUCUAUUGCAAUGAUCAUUAAAUAUAGAAACUCUCCUAACUCUUUGAUGUCAGCCACAGGCUGGAGGUGUGGUACAAAAGGACUUGUGCUGCAGCUUAGCUGCAAAGCUAGGAGCUGACUCUUUGAGCCGUCCAACUGCUUGGACUAAAUUUAUAAAGUGUUAAAGAUUAAGGCUCUAUAGUUCUGCCUGUUGUUCAUGUUCUCUUCAAAAAGACAGAAUAGACCUUUGUAUAAAUGUGUUUAUUGCCCUUUUGUGCAAUCACCAAAUCUCACGUACUUCUAUCAUUUCUGCUUCAAACUACAUCAUUCCUACUACAGUCUCUGUAACAAGCUCCCAGCAUCUUUUUUUCUGACUGGCAGAGGUUGCAAUCUAGUCACUUUGCAUAUGAAAACUAUUCUCUCCAACACUUCCCUUUUGUUUCUCUGCCCCUGGAAUGCUGCUGUGACACAGCAUGGUACAUAAAGCACAGCCACUCUAAAUAAAAUCACCAAAUUGCCUUACCAGUCCUCUGAUCUCCCCCCACAUUCAAGUCUGAAUUUCACAAAAAUCCAUGCCGGGUAAGGCCUUCCGUCACUGCCUGUGCACUGUGUAACUGGCUGGUUAAAGCUGCAGCCACUUCUCUCUUUGCCAUCUGCUUCCUUCAGAUGUUCUGGCUAAAAAAAAUUGUUUCAAUUACGACAAAACAAAUAAUUGCUUCUAACAAGCAGCAUUUUACACAGGUGAAUCAUUACCAUGUACUUUCAGCUCAUGGAUCUGAGCUAAGACACCCUCAUUUUUGUUUCAAUGAUCUAGGAUCCAACAAAGGAUCAACUGCACAGUCAAACAGCCUUUCCAAAUAACAGCAGCAUACCACACAUCAGAAGUUUUUCCAUCCGUUUUUCUUCCAGUCCGGAGGCUGAUCUUAUUCCUGUUGAUGGUGAUACUGAAAAUGACUUGGAAGUUGGAUCAGGAGCCACCAAUCAGACUGCAGCAUUCCUACAAGAACAAGGAAUGAUAUCAGUUCAAACAGCAAGAUACCUCACUAGUCCGUGGCUGACUCGUUUUGUUCCUGCAGUUUACACCCUAGUGCUUUUGCUGAGUCUCCCUCUGAACAUUACAGCAAUACUCGUGUUUCUGAAAAAGAUGAAAAUUGAAAAGCCAGCUGUAAUAUACAUGCUGAAUUUGGCCCUUGCAGAUGUUCUCUUUGUAAGUGUGCUUCCAUUUAAGAUUGUUUAUCACUUUUCUGGAAAUGACUGGAUUUUUGGGCCUCAGAUGUGCCGUUUCAUCACUGCUGCCUUCUUCUGCAACAUGUACUGCUCAAUAAUGCUUAUGACAAGCAUAAGCUUCGAUCGCUUCCUAGCAGUGGUGUACCCCAUGCAGUCCCUGGGGUGGCGUACACUAACUCGUGCCUCAUUGGUUUGUUUCAUCAUAUGGCUUGUAGCAAUAACUGGGGUUAUACCUUUUCUGCUACGAGAGCAAACAGUGGAAAUACCCAGGUUAAAUAUAACUACGUGCCACGAUGUGCUGAGAGAAUCCGAACUUCACGGCUAUUACCUCCACUUCUUCUCUGUCUUCUCUUCUGUGUUUUUUAUAGUGCCAUUUAUAAUUUCUACUGUCUGUUAUGUGUGUAUCAUUCGUUGUCUUAGUUCUUCCACCAUUGUUGCAAAGCAAAAUAAGAAGACGCGUGCCUUGCUCUUGUGUGUGGCUGUUUUUUCUGUUUUCGUUAUUUGCUUUGGACCAACAAAUGUUCUCCUCUUAAUUCAUUAUAUCCUUUUUUCAUAUGACAGCAGCUUAGAGUAUCUCUACUUUGCCUACCUACUCUGUGUUUCUAUCAGCAGCAUUAGCUGCUGCAUUGACCCCUUUAUUUACUACUAUGCUUCUUCUCAGUAUCAGAGACAAUUUUUCAGUCUCUUCAAUUGUAAAAAGACUUUUGAUCCUAACAGUAGUAACAGCAGUGGCCAGUUGAUGUCUACCACUAGUACUAGAAGGGCUACGUUGACUACUAAUGUGAAUAACAGUGUCUACAGGAAGUUACUAGCAAUGCAUUGAGAUAACAUGUCUUCAAAUUGUUUAAUUUUCACACAGUUAGAGACAAAAAGAAGACUGUUAUAUCCAAGAAAUGCAAAACCUUAAACCAAGUUGUUGUAUGAUACAUGGCUUUAUGGAUCCAAUGUAGUAAUACACAAUUCAAAUUAAACCUCUGUAUGUGUGUGUGCAUAGAUAUAUAUAUAUAUAUAUAUAUAAAGAUGUAUAGUAUAUGUAAAUACAUUAAUGUAGAGGGGAAAAAUUAUUUCUUAAUAAUAGUUGAGUGUUUUUCUAAUAAACUUUUUUUUCAGA